AUGGGCUCGGAUCACAAGCCCGUGGUCAUCAAACUACGUCGUGCCAGGAAGCUCAAGCCCAAAACGAAGAAGCCAGGUGACAAGCAGCGGACUUCGUGGAAGAAUGUCGACCCCGAGCGCUUCAUGGAUGAAGUUCGCAUCGCCUGUGGCGCUGUGGAGCUCAACUCGAACCCGGGCGAGGACUGCAAGAUGAUCACGGCUGUUUUGGUUGAUUCGAUUGCGCGUGCACGGGAUGACUGGAAUGACCGGCGCCAGCUUCGAGUCGAUGGUGCGGAAAUACAGUGUCUUCUCGCAGAAAGAAGAGAGUGCAGCAACCAGGACGGAGCACAACGGGCAGCAUUGAGCAAGAAGAUUCGCAAAGCCGUCUGGCGUCCGCGGAGGACAAAUAUUUGA